GUUUUCUGUCAAAGUGCCAUCGAUAGCGCCCAAAGUGAUCACGAUGCCGUCCUCCAAUCCAUUUUGGCAAACAAGCAAGCGCAUAUCGAAAAAAUCCGAUAUCUGUUCAAUGAGAUUGAUGCCGAGGAUGUAGGGGUAAUCACCUAUCAGAUGUUUCAAGACAAGGUCACCACCAAAGAAGUUCAGACGUAUUUUGAAUCGAUCGAUUUGGAUAUAUGGGAUGCAUGGUCUUUUUUCAAGCUCUUGGACUUAGAUUCAGGCGGUGCAAUUGAGAUCGAGGAGUUCCUGAUGGGAUGCUUACGCCUCCGGGGCAGUGCCCGUGCCAUGGACAUGGCGAAGCUGUGCCAUGACCAGGCUUGGCUCAUCCGCAACCAAUCUCGUUUUUGGAGCUUCGUAGAGGAGGAACUCACUCGCACGCGAAGCCGCCUGGAUCAACUGACAGCACAGGUGCACGGCGUGUGAGGCCAAUAUCCGCUGUCUUUUGGACAUCGGUUUGUCGGCACUUGGGUUUAUAUACCUGACGUAGCAGGCAUACCGCAUAGCCACAAAC